ACCAAACAGGAUCGACCUCUCUUUCUCUGUCAGCCCCGCAGACACAGACAUUUCAACCAGAGGAGAGGGAUGUCACAGCUGAAACUGAGCCAGUCUUCUUCGGUCUACGUGAAAAACAAGCUGUGCGCAACCGCCCUCCACGCCUACGCCGAGAGUAUUUACGACUUUUACGCGCCUUCUGGAGACACGUUUUUCGCUUGUUGACUACAUUUGGGCACCCGUUAUCUCUCUGCUUGGUGAUCAUAAUGCUUCCAAGUCCGCUGAUAACUUCCUCCAGCACGCCUUUUUCUGUGAAGGACAUUCUGAAGUUGGAGUUGCAGCAACAAUCUCAGCAGCAGCAGCUCCAGUUGAUCUCCUGCUUUGGUCUCUCUGGCGCGCUGUCACAACCGGGAGCCUUCCCAAACAAACCGUUCCGUUCUCACUCACCGCCCUCUUGCAUGCUGGCAGGCAGGGACAGUCCUAGUCCCAUCAGCUCCGGUUUAUCAGAGAGCGAGGAUAGGAUGUCCUACCUGAACACGCUGACGGUGCAGGAGAGGCUGGCGGAGUCAGGGCUGCCCGUGGAGAUGUUUGGAAACACGGGGCAGAGCAACACGGAGCUCCGGCUGGAGGCCGAGAACGAGGAUCAAGACAGCAAGAGCUGCGUCACACUGCCUGCUGACUGUGACGAUCCAGAUCCAGAGAAGCCCGUCACCAAGCAGCAGAGGACCCGCAGGAAACCCCGCGUGCUCUUCUCGCAGGCCCAGGUGUUCGAGCUCGAGCGCCGCUUCAAGCAGCAGCGUUACCUGUCCGCCCCUGAGAGGGAGCACCUGGCCAGCACCCUCAAGCUCACCUCCACCCAGGUCAAGAUCUGGUUUCAGAACAGGAGGUACAAAUGUAAGAGGCAGCGGCAGGACAAGACUCUGGAGAUGGCCGGACACCACCAUCACCACCACCACCACCCACCGCCUCCACCCAGGAGGGUGGCUGUGCCGGUGCUAGUGAGGGACGGGAGGCCCUGUCUGAGCGGAUCCCAGAACUAUAACACGUCUUAUACAGUGGGAGCUCCAAACCCGUACAGCUAUAACAGCUACCCGGCCUACAGCUACAACAACACGGUCUACACUAACACCUACUCAUGUACUUACUCUAGUUUACCUGCCCUGCCGCCCAGUAACACUGCUGCUAACGCUUUUAUGAACAUGAAUCUGAGCAACAUUGGUGCGCAGACGCAGAACCAGGCACCCCAAGGAGCAGUGGUUGCGUCAUGCCAAGGAACUCUGCAGGGCAUCCGGGCGUGGUAGUGCAGACUUUACGCACAAUCACAGCUGGGAGAGACUUUUUGAGAGUGGACUAAAGCAUGCCAAACUGAUCAACGACUGCAGUGAAAGCACAAUUCUAACUGAUACAAGUUAGAGAAAGUACAGGCCAGUGGACUAACACGGAAGGCAGGCCUAUGAGGGCACUCUAAUCCGUUUGUUGUGAUGUAAAACUUACAGUUGGUGUAUUUUUCUUCUGAGCCAGUGUUUAGAAAAGUAUUAAAACUGCUGUUGAAUGUU